UCCGCCAGCUCCGGUCAACUGGUACUUACUGUUACCGGCCGACAGGCGUCACUUUUGCCAGUGCGUAAUGUUCGCCUGCCACAGGAAUCCAACUCUCAUUCCCGACUCGGUAUUGAGUUGGGCAGUGUCUGCUUCUUUCCGGCUCAGAAGGUUUAUGAAUUAUCAGAGCGCAGUCGUAAGGCUCGCCAGCGCCUAGAAGUAAACCGCAUUAUAUCAGGAUUUGAGGAUCCCAAUCAAGAAAGGUCAACGACACGUUCAGAUAGGAUCCAAAAGGACAUCGACGUUGUGACAUCAGCACCAUCCGACAUUGGCGCGGCCGGCUUACUCCAUACCUUCUUUUCGCCUGGCCUUACCCUGGAACACUGA